AUGCUAGACAUAGGAGAAGCUUUGCUGAAAGAUGAUGAUCAAGACCAGUACUUGAUAGACAAUAGUAAGCUGCCGCUAUCGCAGCUGAUUCCAAAGAUAGUAGCCGAAAGAGGGCGAUUUGAGGAUCUUAAGGAAGAUGAACUGAUAGAUGAAAUACUGGAGAACCACCAGCAACCUGCCAACGAGACAACAGUUCAGGAAGAAGACCAAGAAGAUUCCGAAAGCUUCAUUAAACAAAAGAUGGAAGUCAUCACAGCAGUUCAGACGGCAUUGAAUGAAAGCUCGCUGUUACUGGAUCUCGUCUCACUGUUAAUAUCCUGCACUAGACCAGCGGCUGGCUCAACCUCAAUGUCCCCUCAUUUGAAACAACACGCCAAAUUAGGCUCAUUGAAUUGUGACGAUAUAAGUUCAAAUGGGGAAGUAUCCAGGCUUGCCGAGGAAAACAAAGAGAAACAUUCUAUUGUUGGCCUGGGGUGGAAAUCGGAUGCCUUGGAUGUUGCAUCCAAGCGGUUACUUUCAGCUUCAGAACGUCUAAAUGAUGAGGUAUUGAAGGAGAAAAUGUAUUGGGAUAAUAUAUUGGAAACCCUAGAGGCAAAUGAAGUGAUCCUGAAACUUAACAGUAAAGGUGGAUUAUCCAACUCGAAGGAAAUUGGUGUGAAGUAUGGUUUUGGAGACUCAGGGUCGACAUAUUUUGACCGAGGAAUUGCACUUUUGAAAAAGGGACGAAGUUUUGGGGAGAUCCAUUUUAAUAGAAUAAACAAUCUUCAGGUUGAUAGAGACGAAAAAGUGGUAAAAGUUUCCAUACUAAGUAAAGUAGACGAUGAGUACACUCUAACUGGGGAGAGUAACUCCAGAAAAUACUUAGACAGUUUGAAAAACUUCCAGAUCAACCAUACGAGUAUAGUGGGUGAAAUUGAAAGAGCAAGAUUUUUUAUCUUUGAAGAAGAGUUUUUCCAUCAACUUUUGAAAGAGGCAACAGAAUUGAUAUCUUAUCAGGUACAAGUUGAUGGUAACAAAAUCGUCGUCGAUUUGGGCGAAGAGAUCAUUGAGAUUGAAAGUGUGUUAGCAGAGACACAGCUGGAUGACAACCAAGUGCCCCAUAAAGAGUUAAGUCACAAUCAACGCGCUGAUUACAUUACUAUAUUUCUAAGGCUCAUGUUAUGCGCACACUUUAGAUCCAACCUAGAGAAUAAACGCCACAAUCCAACUGCUCUUACCGUUCACCCACCGGGAACUCCCAAACAGAAGGUCCAAUUGAACCUUUUGAGACCAUUGAUAGGAAAUUACAGGCACAAUAAACAUCUGCAACUAUUGAAGAACAUAAUUGAGAUGCUGAUACGGAAUAUUUAUCUGGACGACGAGAAGGUCUCCGAGAUCAUGGGCCAACAUUUCAAGCUCACCAAACAUCUGGCUGAGCCUAAAUCUCAGCAAAACCAAGACCCGUUCAUUCGGUGUAAAACCCCUCCAGUAUCCGAAUUUCUGUUGGAAUUGCCUUCUCGCUCUGGCGAGUUCACACUGAAAGUUAUAAUUACUGUUUCUGCUACAUCCAGUUUCUGUGGGUUACAAGUUCGUUUGAAAAUGUUCAAGAUUCUUGAAAAAGACUCGGAGAUGGUCCUGGAUGUCACUUUCUCUGAUGUCCGCGAUGUGCAAGAUUGUCUCUCAUGGUCCUGGAAUAGGUAUCUUUGA